AUGCAGACGGUUGGAGAGAGUCAGAGGAAGAAGAGUGAGCCGGCAACAGUGAAGAAGAAGAAAACUCCAGAAGGAGCCAAAAGACAGUUCGUCGAAGAACUCGAGCAGAAGGCAGGUGAAGAGUUCGGACACCACAUCGAGAGACUCAAGAUGAUCCCCUUUGAAGCCAAAGCUACGUCCACAGCUGCCGCUUACAAGGCAGAGAACGACAAGAGAAAUUCGUGGAUUUCUCAGAAGAAGCUUCCAAUGGAUGAGUCGUCGUUUUUGUUUUACUUGUUGGACAGAGCUAAGCAAAUCGGGAGUAGUGCUUUGGCGAAGAUCUCGGCUGCCUAUCAAACAGCAAAUGAAGGCAUUUCAGCCAUCGGAGCGUCUUUUGUGUCAGACAUCAUUAAGUCAAAGAGAAGAGAGGAAAGCCUGCUGGAGAAAGAAGUAGUGAAGACAAGAUCGUCGUUCUUCAACUACGAGCCAGGCAGUGAUGCGGACAUCUUGAUGUGCCGAUGGAGACUCCGGACCAAAGGAAAGUGUCCAUACGUUUUUUCGCAUCUGGACGGCUCGAAGAAGCUCUCGAAACAAGCCAUUUCGACGCUCUCGACGAAGAUGCUGGCAGCGAUCGGGAAGCCGGGAGCGACUCAUCACUGCUUCAGAAGAGGAGGAGCCAACAACAUGAGGAGAAUCGGGCAUUCAAUGGAGGAAAUUCAAUGCAGAGGAAGAUGGAGAUCGGCGGCAGGACUUCAGCGGUAUCUCACUGAUGUUCCAAUAGCUCAAGGAUGUCUACAGUCUCAGGCAGAAUCAGAUGACGAAGAGAAAUAA